AUGGCGGUGUUGUCAGUCCCAGUUGUUCUGGCUGCAGCCAGCCUGGCAAUCCAAAAAGCUCGUGCACAGUUGACCUGGAAGAACCUACUCUUAUUAUAUAUUUUAUUUAAUCUCAAAUCGGUGCCCUUUUCGUGGCAUAUUCGCUUGUUCUAUCAUCUACUCAGCCGAAUUCAUCUGAAAAAACACAUUUAUCCAAACCCGAAAUCAAAAGACGAGAACAAGCCAGGACACGUCCACCCAAUAUUCGUCCCGUCCAGCAUAACGAGCAGGACGACGCUAUGGGAGACUGAUUACAACAUUCACAAAUCGAACAGCACAUACUUUUCUGAUCUCGAUAUCGCACGUACGACUUUAGUGACCAGCUUGUAUAGCCCUGGUUUGGAGCUUGUUAAGCGUGAAAUGAAUAAAGAACGCGAUGCCAAUGGCAAGCAGCUAUAUCCUGGCAGAAUUGCGGUGAUGCUGGGAUCUGUUUACUGCACGUUCAAGAAGGAAAUCAAGUCGUUUGAGAAAUACGAGAUGCGGACCAAGAUUGCUGGCUGGGACGAGAAAUGGCUAUAUAUAUUGACAUUCUUCCUCCGAUUCCCCAAGCGCAAGGGAGAGCCCAAAGUACUGCUUGCAGUUGGAGUGAGCAAGUAUGUAGUGAAGAAGGGCAGAAAGACAGUUCGGCCCGAGAACGUUCUUCGGGCAAGUGGAUUGCUGCCUCCACGACCUCCGGGUGAGGAGGUACCCUCACCACCAACCGCUCUUGAUACCCCUGCAAAUGGCGAGGCAAUUGAGUCAGGAGAGUCCCUGGACGAGCCUCUUCUCCGUAAGGUACUGACUUUGACAGAGAAUUCGGACCUUGACAAGGCCGUUCUGGAUAAUGACGUUAAGAAAAACCGAGAAAACACCGAGAAAUCUGGUGCCUGGGAUUGGCAUAGGAUUGAAGAAGAGCGACUUCGUGGCAUGGACGUCGUUCGAUCAUUUGUCAAUAUCGAUGCAAAACUCCACGAAGAGGUUGAUCUAUCUGUGUGA